AUGAUUGUUAUAAUGAACAAAGCUGACUAUAUUCUGGAAGUUGAACGUCAAUUAAACGAUGAAAAAUAUUACACUAAACUAGACCAUAACCCGGCAGAAGACAUUAAGCUGAAUAUUCAGAAUUGUAUAAAUAAAAUCAGUGAAUCAAACAGUGUCAUAAGUGAGGAAUUUGACACAUUUCCAGAAAACAUUCGAACGCCACAGUUUUAUGUUUUACCAAAAAUACAUAAAGACUACAAUGAAAAUUUGCCCAUCGGUUACCCAGCACUGAAUGGUCAUAACGUUAUCCUCACUGGUCAAGGUGGCAGCGGUAAGACGCAUGUUCUAAAAUUGUUAGCUAAAGAACUUUCAUCACGUGAAAAGAAUGUCUCGGUUACUUGUAGCACCGGUAUUGCGGCAACGCAAUAUGAAAAUGGGCAAACUUUACACAGGUGGUGCGGUAUAGGAGAGGUUGGUAUUCCCAAGUCUGAACUGAGCCAGUUAAUUGUUAACGACGAAAGAUAUAAGGAAACAAGCUCCCUCCAGUACCUGACGACUUGUAUGGUGAAACAGGGAAGCCUUAAAAUAGAUUGCCCGGUUAUGCUUGUUGUCGACCUCAGUGAAAGUCUUGUGAAUGGUAGUACUGGCAAAGUCAAGGAACUUACUGAUGAUCACGUCACCGUGCAUUUUAACAAACCUGAUAAAAUUGUUUGGUUAGAUUUAUUUAAAGAAAUAGGUAAUGAUCUUCAAAAUGAGACUGAUGACGAAGAUGCUGUUGCUGUUACUGUAUUUAUUUCGAUUGAUUCAAAUGAAGAUGCCUCUGAAAACGUGCCAAAUAUUUCUAUCGGCGAUGAAACAAUCUUAGAAGUUAGUGACCCGGAAGAAAGUGCUAAUAAGAAGGCUAAAGGGAAAGGUAAAGGGAAGAGAAAAGGUAAAAGUUCGACAAUAUCACAAUCCAAGGGCAAGAAAAGUAUGGGGCGAAAAGAUGAUGUUGAAGCGGAGAGUGAGGAGAGCUGUUCUCAAGAAUGUUCUUCUCAUUGUGAUGACGAUGGAAUAUGCUUAGGAACUUGCAGUGCUGGAUGGACAGGUGAAAGAUGUUCUGACAAGUGUUCUGAUGAAUGUUUCACAUGCGAAAAAAGUAACAGAGUCACAUGCCAACAAUGCAAAGGUGACUUUUACACAACCAAUUGUAACGUCGCUUGUAGUCUAUCAUGUAAAACAGAAAACGGUAAACAAACGUGUAUACUAAAUGAUGGCUACUGUUUAAAUGGAUGUGAACACAAUUUCUGGGGCUAUUUGUGUGAUCAGUCUUGUCCUAACGGCUGUAUUGAUAACAAUUUAUCUCCGAUAUGCGAAAGAAGCAACGGAACAUGUAAACAUGGAUGUGAGGACGGAUACAAAGGAGACAAAUGCGAUAUAACUGCUACAAGCAAAACAACUGCAAAAUCUGAAGACACUUCGCAGUUCAGUUCAACAGGUUCUGUCAAAGAAACUACCCAAGAGCCUAAUGAUGGGGAGCAUAAAUCACAGAAAGACAAUAAAGAUAUAAUCAUUAUAGGGUCUGCGGCAGGCGGAGGUGUCCUUGUGUUGAUACUGAUUAUCGUUAUUAUUGUUUGUCUCGUGAAAAGAAGAAAAAAGCCAUCUAGUGACGAGUCUGUGCAGAAUGGGAUGAUCAUGUCAGAUGAUAAAGUGAACAACGAAGCACAACCUGUGAAUCCUGAACAAGUACAAGUAAAAGAGGACUACAUAUAUGCUCAGCCUGAUAAAUCUCGUAUUAGACAGAAACAGAGUAAAAUGGAAAUAAGUAAACCGCAGAAAAUGUACGACAAUAUUGCGAUUGAUCUAGAAGAAAGUGGAGCAACUGUUACAGUGAAUGAAACCGAUGUGGAUAAAAUACAAUUAGAGGAAUUGGAAGAAGGUCCUACAAAGUUUAUAGAGACAGAAGUAAAGCCACCCAGCACAGACUUAUACUACAAUACUGAAAGUUUGAUUCGUAGUCGCAUACAGGUGUCAGAUCUUCUAGAAUACAUCAAGAAGAAAAAUGAUUAUGAAAAGGAAUUUGAGAAAUUACCCAAAGGUCUUACAAGAACGUGCGACGUUGCUCUCAAACGAAACAAUCGCGCAAAAAAUAGAUAUAACGGAAUAUAUGCAUAUGAUGCGACACGGGUUGUUCUACAUAGUAAAAACUAUAUAAAUGCUAAUUAUAUAGACGGUCACAAGGCGUCUCCAGCUUAUAUUGCUUCCCUAGGGCCAACUAAGAGCACAAUGAGCGAUUUUCAAGAUUUUUGGGAAAUGAUUUGGCAAGAAAGAACAGAUAAAAUACUCAUGUUGACGAACUUGGAAGAGUCUAAGAAAAUGAAAUGUGAACAAUAUUGGCCAGAACAAGGAGAAGCUAAGAAGUAUGGUAAAUACAAAGUUACAUGCGCAGCUGAGAGAAAGUUUUCUGAAUUCACAGUAAGAGAGUUUACCAUAAAUGCAAAGUCUGAGACGAGACAAGUGACACAAUAUCACUACACAGCAUGGCCUGAUAAAUCCGUUCCUGAUGGUGUUGCAACUCUAUUAGAGUUCAGAGACAAAGUUGAACAAUCACAAACAACAAAUGCUGGUCCAAUGGUUGUCCAUUGUAGUGCUGGUAUUGGUCGAACUGGAACCUAUAUCGCCCUUGAUAUACUCAUAAAAGAAGGCAAGGAUGAUAAUUAUGUCGACAUUUUUGGCUGCGUGAUGGUGCUUCGUGGACAAAGAGCUCACAUGGUGCAAAACUUGGAUCAAUAUAUUUUUCUUCAUCCCUGUGUCCUGUAUGCUCUGAACUGUGACGCUGAACCGCUCUCGCUCACUUCAAUACCAAAUAUCAUGGCAGAUGAAAAAAUAGCACGACAGUAUCAGACUUUUGCGGACAUUCAAGUACUAGUGGACAAAGAUCGUAGGUCAGUUGCAAACAAUAAAAGCAGAAAGGGAAAUAGAAGUGGAGCCGACAUUCCCAGCGAUGACCAUAGAGUGCGACUGACAUUGACCUUAGCAGGGCAUGAUUAUAUAAAUGCAGUCUAUGUUAAUGGAUACGAAAAGUCCAACAAAUUUAUUCUGGCACAAACGCCUUUACCGAAUACAGUGGAAGAUUUCGUAUCCAUGUUGUAUCAAGAAAAAUGCCCAUGUAUUGUAUGCCUUGAUGAGGAAAAUAUAAAGGAUAAAACGGUCGGGCACUAUCUUCCACAUGUCGGUAAAGUGUCCAAAGUUGGGCAUUUUCAAGUGACAUGCAAGACAUGUGACUCCAUGGAAGAAAUGGUUGUUCGAGAGUUGACGAUUACAUGGAAUGGAUCGCAAUCAUCUGAAGAAUUGCAAGUUAAACAUUACCAGUUCAGAGGUUGGAUUAACUCCGAAAGUGCCCCUUCAAGAGUUGAACCUUUCAUAAAGAUGGUUAAGGACGUUGAAAAUGAGAGAAAGGUUCAGAAAUCGGAACAGCCAAUCGUAGUUCAUUGCUUAACCGGGGCGGAGAGAAGUGGUCUUUUCUGUGCUGUUUCUGUGCUAUCGGAGAAGCUUCAAUCUGAGCUUCAAUCUGAAAAAGAACUAAGCGUUCUUAAUACAAUAUGUCAAGUUCGCACUAGGAGGCGGUCGGCUUUUCAUGACAUAGAACAUUACCGGUUUUGCUACAAAUGUGUGAAAGAAAUGUCCGAGAUUUCUGACUCAAGCACAUACUACAAUAUGAGCAAUAUGUAAAUGGUAAAGGAAAAGUCUUGAGAAAAAGUCAAAAUGACUGCAUUUCUUAACAGUCAUUCCCUUCGUAAAGCUUACAGUUUACCCUUCGGAAAUAUUAAGUAGUAACAUUAUCCAAAUGUCUAAAACAAUCAAUAUUCACGUACUGCUUCAGUAAGGAUUUAUGCUUUUUCAGUAUGUGUUUUCCAUUAUCUAUGAUUGUCAUCACUUACAUUUUCUGCGGGAUAUACACAUGCGAUUUAGACACCUAACGCUAUUAGAGAAUUAUUAUGAUAAAAGUAUACUUUUAUAUAUGUUUUGUUACAUGUACUUGAGACAUUAUUUAUUUUUCAGUAUCUGUGUUUUAACCGGCUGACCUAUUUCUCUCAAUAAGGAGUAAAUGGUAUUUACUUGGUUUGAAAUAUACAUGUCCGUCGUUAUCAAACUUUUUUACUCCUCCUCCCCAAAAAUGUACACUUGUUAUAGAGUCUUUGAGACAUGGCCACUGGACGUGGAAAAAAUGUAUUUUUAAAUCGGAAAUCGUAGAGGGGGAGCAUUAAUUCUGUUUAAUGACAGCUCUAGUUUAUAUGUCCACACGUAAAAUACACACUGUAUGUUAGUUAUAUCUCAAUUUUCGUUUUUUGCGACUAACCUGUUUCUAUCAAAGGGGGAGUAAAAAUGGUAUAUUUGAUUAAAAAAUGUACACCAUUACCAACCUUUCUAAUCGAUCAAAGCUUUAAACAAGUUAAAAUGCAUACAAUGUGUGAAUUAUGUGUUACAAAUAAUAACUACAAGUCUAGCCGACAAAGCUGAUUCAAAAUAUUCAGUAAAGUUAAACUGAAAAUUUCCUACUUUAAUUAUGGGAAAAUUACAAUGCGACAGUUUUGCUUUUGGCAUUCAGUGUAUUUUCUAGGGUAUUUCUUCGUUGUUUUGUUUUGCUGCAUAUAAAUUAUUUACGUUAACUUUCUUUUUGUUAAAGUUUUUUUUUCAUGUUUUACCUUUAAAUGGUUAUUAGUUCAAAGGUGGAAGAGUCUUACUGAAAGAAAUUUCUAGGGUGUUAGCGACCUUUUACAAGACUAGCAAUAAAUAAACUAGGAUAGUAUUGCAGAAACUAUUGUAAACAUUUUACAGUAUAGGGUAUCCAUUGUCUUUUUUUUCACAAAUCGCAUCGUUACUUAUCAUCAUAUUUAAUGGCAUUACUUAAUAAAAUUAGAAAUUAAACUGUCAUGCUUCUACAGUAUUAGUUUCCUACUGAUGGUUCUGAUAUUUGAUUUUCUGCAUCUGGUGACAUAUAUUCAUAAAAAUUUAAACCAUGUACAAAAUGAUUUUGCUUUCUUAUCAGCCAGUGUGCUUAUUGUAAUGUACCUGCCUUUCUACUAAAGAAUGAUAAUAGUUA